CGUGCUUCGUACUCCUCUCAGUUGAGGGAGUAUUUAUAUGGGUUUGCGGGGCCGCUGGAUAUUUAUCACAUUUUAAGAUGUCAGAGGGAAGCAGCAAAGCCAGCUCGCCUUCCAACACAGAAUCUCCCACUAAUAGCGAUGACAUUCUCCAGUCCCAUGUAGAUAUACAUCUACCAAAUGCAAAUCAGUGGCGGGACGCGGAUACCUCCCAGGUGAACUCGGCGCCCAAGAUGGUGGUGCCCUUCCUGCUGCCAGGCGGCAGGCGCCUGGUGAAGGAGCUGCACAUCAACUACAACAUGCGCGAGGUGCUGGAGUUGCUGGCCGAGGACCUUCACUGCGAGCCGGACCAGCUGGAGAUAUACGAGGGCACUGAGCCGGUGCCCGACAGUCUGGUGCUAGCCGGCCUGGACCUGGAGCAGGAGGGGUUCGCGCUGAGCGUGCUGGAGCGGCUGGUGCGCCGGCGGCCGUCGUCGUCCGACCGGCCGGGCUCGGGCGCCUCCGAGCCCCGCCUGCCAGACACGCUGACGGUGCACACAGGCUCGGGUGCCUCCCGCCGCACGGUUACUGUCUCGCUGGAGCGGUGCACCGGGAGGAAGCCGUUUCUCGGUGGCUACCGGGACAAGCGCAACGGCCAGGAGUACCUAAACGCCUCCGCGCAGACCUACACCCGACCCUACCGCAGCUACAGCCACGAGCGGCGCGAGCGCGACGCCCAGACGGCCUGGGGGCUCCAGGUGGCCGUGCAGACUUGCAAGGACACGUGCACUCAGAUGCCCAAGCCGGGGGUGUGGAAUGACCACGCCGGCGAGCGUGUCGUGACGUAUAGCGGCGCCUACCAGACGGCUGAGCAGCUGAUGCAGCUGCGCAACGAAAAGGCCGUGGUGCUGCAGAAGUGUUGGCGCCGCUGGCUAUGCCGCCGCCGCGUGCAGCGCAUGCGCGUGGAACGUGACGUGGUCAUGCAGUGGCUCGUGGACGACGCCGAGCGGCGGCGGCUGGCUCGUCUGAAGCGGCGACACGGACUGGUGGAGCGAAAAAUGGACCCGAAAACCAAGAACGACUUUGACGUUUUGUUCAGCGCACUGGAGGCCUGGCGGAAGAAAGCCAUUGCGUACUGCUAUUCCACUAAAUCCGGCGGAGAGCUGAAGGCGGCGCUCUGCCAGCUUCUGGAGCAGGAGGCCGAGAUGCUGAAGGCCAUCCACGGCCACCAGAACCGGGCCGCCACUGACGGCCAGGCCAAGCGCAUCAACCGCCUGCUGAAGGAGAUGCAGGCCCCGCAUCGCUGGGUGGGUAAGGACGGCCGCGUGAUGGAGGUGGACAACAACAUGUCGCUGUGGGCCCGCCAGCUGCGCGACAUCCACACGGCCAUGACGCUGCCCGACCUCACGUGCUCCGAGAGGGCCGACAUCCUCUCCACCCUCGUCACCCUGAUAGGCGGUCUGCCGUUCUCGGCCGAGAACCACGAGCUGCGUGACCUGUGUAAGCGCGAGAUUGACCUGCUGUCGCGCGGCGUGGCGCCGCGCCACCUGGCCGGCCUGCGCCAGCGCGCGCUCCAGCUGUUCUGGCGCCUACUGCGCGACGUCAACUUCAACCCGGCCUCCGUGAAGCACCAAAAGGUGCCGUUGGACCCGGAGUCGAUCAGGGGUGACGUCAACACGUGCAUGUCGUGCCACCGCUGCCUGCCGCGGGACCAGUUCCAGGUCAACGCCGGCGACGUCACGCUCCGCAGGUGCCGCUUGUGUGACCAGCUAGAGAACUGGGCUCUUCGGCGGCUCGACAACAACGUGCUGGGCCUGAUGCUGGCCGAGCUGCGGCGGGACGAGCAGCACCGCUCCCCGGAGACGGCCGCCGCCUGCCUCAUCCAGGACUCUGAUUUCCGUCACCUGGUGCUGUCGCUGUGGGGCGGCCAGUCGUGUCUGAGUGCCGACCCGGACCUGUACGAGCUGGUGCUCUGCCGCUGGGAUGUGGCGCAGCCGUGGACGCCUUGGAACUGUGUGCUGCUCACCCGGGAUGAGGCUGAGGCCCACUACAAGCUGGCCCGGCCGCUGGAGAGGUACGGGCCGGAGCAGUGUCAGCGGGUGCACCUGCGCCACGUGGCGGCCGGCCGAUACUUCUGCCACCUGCCGGCCAUGAUGGCUCGCAUGGAGGCAGAGAUGAGCGCGCGGAACGCCAAGGAGGCCCACUCCCAGGUAGACUCGUGCCGGGGCCCAGCGGAGGCCCCGCGGCCGGGGGCCGCCGCCGCGCCCGUCUGAGCGCACCUGGCAUCGCCACUGAUGGUUCACAGGGCGGCCGCACCGCGGCGCCACCGUCGCGGCACUGAUAGUUUUGAUCUCUCCUACCCUCUGAGGGCUGGGCCAGUGGGCGGCGUGGUAUAGGUCAGCAGCUCGCCGCUAUUCGUGUAUAUCUGCACGCGAUAAAUCUCCUUAAGUGUGCGGGUUGUCAUUCGAGCGAAACGAAGCAUGUCAAUUAGCUGGUAGUAAUAGGUGGACGGUUACGAAUUUGAUAGCCAUUUGUUCCGUUGCUGGAGCGAAAUAGGACAGCGUUGGGAAGCUGUUUCGGUUUUGUAUUGUGUUUCAAUGAAAUUGUUUUUACACACGUCUAAAUCGUGCUGCAUGCUCAUACAUGUGUUUUGCACAUUCACCAGAUUCACAGCUGUGUCGUCCUGCCACGGAUAUAAAUAAAUUGUAAUGUUCGAUGAA